AUGUCACCCACCCCUACGGUACCUGAGAAGGAUGCUGCUGACAAAGGGCGUGCGCCUUCCACCUCCUCGUCGCCAGUGGUGCUUGGCCCUUUCGAGGACUUAUUGGACCUACAGAACAAGACUGACCUCAAUGGCGAACAAGCUGCUGAUGGUGUCGCUGAUCCUGCUGACAAGGAAGGUGAAGAAGAGGCCGCUGAAGGAGAGGCUGAUGCUGAUGCGGACGCGCAGGAGGACGAUGGUGCCUCGUCAGAUCAGGCUCCAGACGAUGACGAGGAUGGUUACCUGAGUGACGACUCCGACGAGCACCUGGAACCAGCUUCGCUCGGCAGCAUUAUCGCUUUGAAAAGAUUCUCACUGACCUUGCUGGUGCCGUUUAACAGGAAGCUUGAAGUCAAGCGGACUGCUGUAACUGUGGCUGCCUUGCUGGAAGAAUGGAAGGAUCAGCUGUCGCCAGAUGCGUUGCAGACAACAACUUACCAGGAACUUACAGCGACCUAUUUCUCUGGCACACGCUAUGGUCGUCUUCAAGUUACCUUCAACCACGUCCGCGAUGCAAAUUUCGUUUGGAGUCAAGUCAUCAGACACGAGUGCGUGAAUGGCGACAUUGUCGACUUUACCUGGCAGCACCCUGAAGAUGCGCGUUUCCUUCGUGAGCGCCUGCUGAACCCGACGGCGAAGGAGGUUGUUGUCAAAGGAGUUCCUGCGGACAUUACUGCUGAGCUGAUUCGUCACCUGCUGGUGGUGUCGAAGCUGGUUAAGCGCGGUCGGAGUGCUUUCGCCAGCGGUUUCGGCUUUCAUCGUACCGUCGAUCCGGUGACUGGGCUGGACACCGACCGUAUCCGCGGUCUGUUUGUCCCCCACGCUGACGAUGAGUACCGCUGGAGGUACUUUGUGGAGGACCCGUCGACUGGCAGGCGCUACAUGCUGCACUACCCAUCGCUUACCUGCGAGCUAUGCAGCGGCCAGCACCUGUCCCGCUACCACGAUCAUUAUGUUACCUCGAGGCAGGAGAACUUCACCAACUGGAACCUGUCGGUCAAAAAGGUUCAUGACAUGAACGCGGCUUCCCUGAAAGCCACAGCGUCUCUGACGCGCAUCUUGAAAGACCCCGCAGUCAUACUCACCUCUACAGGAGGUGUGCGGGAGGAGUGGGUAUGCGUACAGACUGUAUGCGAGAAGGCUCAAGGGAACCGGUUCGAGCAGGCGGCGGCUCAUGUCGCUUCUGCCAGGCACAAGGGAGGGCUGAAAAAGGAAGGUGCUGCAACGCGUGUCAGCAAACAUUCUCAGAAGAUGGCUGCUUUCAAAAAGGAGUUCAUGGCCACACCGGCAAAGAAGUGA